AUGUUGAAUUUAGAAAAACUUGAUUUACAACUUGUGGUGUAUCGUAAGAAAGGAUUUAUUAAUGGAAAUGAUUUCAAAGAAGAUAUUAUCAAUAAUAUGCCAAGAUUAAAUAAAUUUACAUUUAAUAUUCGUUUAUUCAAUUAUCUUCCUAAUCAAACUAAUAUACUUUCAAAUGAAAAUAUUCAAUGUACAUUCAAAGAUUUUAAGAGUAAUGAAAUUAUUUCUUGUGUUGAUUAUUUCCAAGAAAAACAAUAUAGUUAUUGUCAUAUUUAUUCAUAUCCAUAUAGAAUGAAUUAUUAUGUUAAUAUUUCAAAUAAUUUUCCAGGUGGAUUAUUUAAAAAUGCUCAUAGAGUAUCAUUAUUUGAUGAACGUCCAUUUGAACAUGAAUUUUUUAUUCGAAUUCAGAAAUCAUUUCCAUUUAUGAAGGAAUUAACUGUAAUUAAUGAAAAACCGCAGAAGAAUAAAUUAUAUAGAAAAUCAAAGAACGACAAUCAAUAUUUAUCAAUUAUUAAAUAUCCUCAUCUAACUAAACUCUCUCUUCUUCAAGCUCAUAAUGAUUAUGUCGAACAAUUUUUACUUGAUACGGAUGCAUUUAUUCCGAAUAAUGCCCAUCUUCUUGUCGAUUAUCAAGCAAUGAAAAGAGUUACAGAAAAUUUCACAAGACAUGCAACACGAGUUAAUUGUGCCAAACUGACUUCUGUGUCUCUAAUUGAUACGUAUAAAUGUAUUAAACCUGUAAAAGACUAUUUUCCUCGGGCAGAUAAACAUUGAUUAUUGUAAAUAAUUAUUGAAAUAAAACAUGAAUAAAAACAGAUUAAACAUUAAAAUUGAGAGAAAAGAAUAACAGAGAAUACUAGUAGUUCCAAAUCAGUAUCACUUGAGACAUUCUUACGAAUAAAUGUAUGCUCACUAACUUAUGCAUGUGCUUUUAUCAAAAAUCAUAAAUAGAGAAUAUUAUUGAAUAUGGAAAGAAUAACAAAAUAUUGUUCAAUGUUGUCAUUGAAUGGAUAGAGAAAUUUUUUAAGAAGAGUGUAUAGAAUUUUUUCCAUUCUAUGAUCUUUUUCUCUGACAAUUAAAUUGAUUUUUGCUGCCAAAAAAGAUAUUUUCUAUGGAAUUUCAUUUUCGUCUCAACUAGAAAAAGUGCCACGUAAUGAUUAUGAACUGCAUAGAGAUUAAAUUCAACAAGAUGAAUAUAUUUAAUAAAUAAUAAAUCUUUAUUGUUGUUCUUUUUAUUCUUUUAUAAAUAAAACUGAUGGAUGAAUUCCAAGAAAAAAUUCAUCUUCAAAUGGAUGUUCAUUGUGCAAUGUCACGAUUCUUCUGCUUGAUGAACAAUUUCUUCUUUAUAAAAUGUUUUUUUUCUCUUCAAGAUAUUUAUUGAGAUCGUCGAUCAUACUAAGUGUUGUUUUAACAAAUUGAUCAAGAUUAUGGAUUUCAGGGUGUGUGGGUGUGGAUGUCGGGUGUGCGUGUGGUUGUGGGUGUGGGUAUGACUCUUCCCUCAACACAUACCGACACCUACACCCACCCACAUCCACAACCC